CUAUGGUCUACGUCACCUCCUGUCGUCACGUCUUGCUAUUGCUAUUUCCGUGUUGCUGUGCUAAUCAUAUCGAUCGAUGAGGAAAGGUGUAAUCUGUUCCAGUCACUGGAACAACGUCCGUGCUGAACAUUUCCACCGAGCUGGCGAGGUGAGACGCCAUACAACUCACAUACAUUGACUCGACGACGUCAGUGAAGAACAUCUUCCUCCUGAGCAGCAGGAGUGGACCUCCAACAUGAAGCAGGAGGAGCUACAGCUCCCUCAGAUUAAAGAGGAAGAAGAGGAGCCACAGAACCCCUACUUUGAAGAGGUGGAGCCACAGUCCCCCCAUAUUAAAGAAGAAGAGGAUGAACCAUCGCCCCCCCAUACCAAAAAGGAAGAGGAGGAACACAGCAUCAGUCAGGAGGGAGAGCAUAUUGAAAGGUUGCGGGAGUUCCGGGUGAUUGGUGACAUUGUGAAGAGUGAGGGUGAUGAGAUCAAAGUUGAAAGUGUGAAGAGAGAGGUGGAGCCUUCAAGCAGCAGCUCAACUCGACACAUAACAGAAGCUCAUGGAGACCACUGUGGAGGAUCACAAGCAGAUAACCUCUUAAUUCCACUUUCAGAGAGUGAGGACACAACAUCACACUCUUCUGACACUGAUGAUGAAGACUAUCAAGCUGGUAUGACACGUGACACUGACAACACACAUUUGAAAUGCUCUCAUUGUGACAAAACUUAUAAAUACCAUAGCCUACUGAAAACACACAUGAGAAUACACACUGGAGAGAAACCAUACAAGUGCUCAGUUUGUGGUAAAAGUUUUCCCCAGAAGGCAAGUUUGACCAAACACAUGAAAAUACACACUGGAGAGAAACCUUUUUCAUGUUCAAGUUGCAAUGAAAGCUUUUGUGACAGAACAAAUCUUGGAAGGCACAUGAGAAUACACACUGGUGAAAGACCAUUCAUAUGCACUGUGUGUGGUAAAGGUUUCACUCAUCAAGGAAAUUUGACACAACACACAAGAAUCCACACUAGAGAGAAACAGUUUACCUGUUCAGUGUGUGGUAUAGGUUUUGUACAACAAUCCCAUCUGAAAAAACACAUGGUAAUACACACCGGAGAGAAACCAUUCAUAUGCUCAGUUUGCGGUAGAAGUUUUGCUCAGAAAGGAUCUUUAACAAAACACAUGAGAAUACACACUGGAGAGAAACCUUUUUUAUGUUCCAGCUGCAACAAAAGCUUUUCUGACAGAUCAAGUUUUGUAAGACACACAAUAACACACUCUGGCGAGAAACCCUUCAUGUGCUCAAUUUGUGGUAAAAGAUUCUAUUACAAAGGAAAUUUGACAACACAUUUUAAAAUACACACUAUAGAGAAACGGCGUGUAAAACCUUUGAGAACGCACUCUGGUGACAGACCAUUUGUGUGCUCAGUUUGUGGUAAAAGUUUCACUCAGAAAGGAAAUUUGAAAACACACACUAAAAUACACAUUCAAGAGAAAAUGCUCACCUGUUCUCUGUGUGGUGAAGGUUUUGAACAAAAAGUAGAAUUUAAAAAACACAUGAGAACACACAGUGAGAGAACGUGUUGAGUUGCAGUGUGUGUUAAAGAUUCUCUGAUACGUGCCAGGGUAAAAGUCAGUAGUGUGCUGAGGUAUAUUCCAGAAAGCAGGUUAAGUAAAACCUCUGAGAUUAGGGAAAUGUAGGGUUUUUUAUUCAAAAAAAGAGAGGUUAGUCAAUGUCAGUUACCAUGGUAACAAACUCUACCUAACCUGUUCACUGGCAGGUUUCCUUGAACAAACCCUGUUUUUUAUGGUUCCUCCCUCCUGAUCAGAAAUAGUUCAAACAAAUAAUUACUGACAGUUUAUGCAGGUAGAGGAUUUUCAGGCCAUGGCUAGUAAUAUAUACUAUCGUUGUAUAUUGACAUGGUAUCAGUGUAGAAAUCUACUAAACCACUCCUUCAUAAGUCACCAGCCUGAUUUGUAUAAACUACCCUGAACUGUGAAAUGCGGUGGAAACACAAACCACACACCUAUAGUUAAAAAAAGUAAAGGUUCCAGGAACCGAAAGUUCUGGAAAAUGGCCUAUUGUUCAAGCUAAAACAUAAAUUAUUGUCAUUUCACUUGCAUUAGUUUGCGCUACGUGGGUGCUAAUAUUUGGCAUCAAGCCAAGCAGCUGUGCGCGCGUCUACGUAUCUUUAUGUGCACAACAUAGGAGCUAGUUAACUACGUUACAAUUAAACUUAUUGUGUAGGUCUGUAUUAUUGUUAUUUAAAGGCCUACUGAAAGCCACUACUACCGACCACGCAGUCUGAUAGUUUAUAUAUCAAUGAUGAAAUCUUAACAUUGCAACACAUGCCAAUACGGCCGGGUUAACUUAUAAAGUGACAUUUUAAAAUUCCUGGGAAAUAUCCGGCUGAAACAUCGCGGUAUGAUGACGUAUGCGCGUGACGAAGUCCGAGUAACGGAAGUUAUGGUACCCCGUAGAAUCCUAUACAAAAAGCUCUGUUUUCAUUUCAUAAUUCCACAGUAUUCUGAACAUCUUUUGCAAUUUUUUUAAUGAACAAUGAAGGCUGCAAAAAAGACAGUUGUAGGUGGGAUCAGUGUAUUAGCAGCGGACUACAGCAACACAACCAGGAGGACUUUGUUGGAGCGCUAGCCGCGCUAGCUGCGCUAGCCGCGCUAGCCGCGCUAGCUGCGCCAGCCGCGCCAGCCGCGCUAGCCGCCGACUUCACCUUGACUUCCUACGUCUCUGGGCCGCCAAACGCAUCGGGUGAAGUCCUUCGUCCUUCUGCCGAUCGCUGGAACGCAGAAAUAUAUUGUUUUAACCCAAGGACUACAAAGCAGAGAGAUGGCAGGAUCUGCCCAAGUUCUAGACGACCUCUCUUUGAACCUCCUUUUUCAACUGUACAGUAUUACGAACCUUUUUUUGAACUGUAUUACUAACCUCUUUUUGAACUCUUUUACGACCUUUUCUGUGAACUGUUUACGACCUUUUCUUUUGAACUGUUGUAAUCAAAGGCGGUGUCUGUUUACGGCCUCGUUCCUGAGAAGCGGCUGUUGUCAUGUGGUCAGAGAAAGUCCAAAUAAAGCGGGAGGCGUACAAUCUUUUGGCAGAGCGUAAUGACACUGUGCAAGCGUACAGAUGUCCAAGCAUCUCUCCUCAAAUUGAGCCAAAUUGAAUUCUGUCUCUGUUUAAUUCUUUGCUUCUUGUCUUGUUUAAUAGAUGUCAUCAGUGUUUGAGCUUGACAAUAUUCAUAAACUUUUUC